CAAAAACAGCAAAAUUCCAUAGACGCCCCAAUUGCUGCACUCUCAAGAAAUACUUCCCGCCAUUCCCCUUUCUCCCUCGUUUCUAAAUUCCACCCCUCUCUAUCAAAUGGGUGCUCAGAUAUUAGGGCUUUAACAGCAAUUCCAGCUCAAAGCCAUUUUUCAAAAAUGCAAAUAUUCUUGAAUUGAAUACGGUAACAGAAUAAUGGGUAUACAAGGGCUUUUGCCCCUCUUGAAAUCGAUAAUGUUACCCAUAAACAUCAAAGAAUUGAAGGGUUGCAGUGUAGCUGUUGAUACAUAUUCCUGGCUUCACAAGGGUGCUUUCUCUUGCAGCAAAGAGCUCUGCAAAGGCAUCCCCACUACCAAGCAUAUUGAUUAUUGCAUGCACAGAGUAAAUCUAUUACGCCAUUAUGGUGUCAAGCCUAUUCUUGUGUUUGAUGGAGGUCCCUUACCAAUGAAGAAUGACCAGGAGAACAAGCGGGCAAGGUCUAGGAAAGAAAACCUUUCUCGUGCAAUAGAGCAUGAAGCUAAUGGAAACAUGACUGCUGCUUAUGAGUGCUAUCAAAAGGCAGUUGAUGUAUCACCUUCAGUGGCUCACGAUCUAAUACAGGUCCUAAAGCGGGAAAAUGUAUGUUACAUUGUGGCUCCUUAUGAAGCAGAUGCUCAAAUGACCUUUCUGGCCAUUAGCAAACAAGUUGAUGCUGUUAUAACCGAGGACUCGGAUUUAAUAGCAUUUGGUUGUCCUAGGAUCAUUUACAAAAUGGAUAAGUUUGGGCAAGGCCUUGAGUUUCAGUGCUCCAAGCUGGACCAAAAUAAGGAACUAAAUUUAACAGGUUUCACGAAGCAGAUGCUUUUAGAGAUGUGUAUCUUGAGCGGUUGUGACUAUUUGCAGUCCUUGCCCGGGAUGGGCCUCAAAAAAGCUCAUGCACUUAUAAAAAAGUUCAAGAGCUAUGACAAGGUCAUUAAGCACUUGAGGUACAGUACUGCUGCAGUUUCUCCUCUGUAUGAAGAAUCUUUCAAGAAAGCAAUUAUGACCUUCCAGCAUCAACGAGUUUAUGAUCCCAUUACUGAAGAUUUGAUUCAUUUGUCUGAGCUCUCUGAUUGUGGUAGUCAAGAUCUAGAUUUCCUAGGCCCGCUGAUACCAACAGAAGUUGCUCAAGGAAUAGCAAAAGGCAAUAUUGAUCCUUUCACUAUGAUGCCAUUUCAGAAAGAAUGCAAUGCUGCUGAACUGGUGCAUAGCAGAACUUAUGAACUGAAUGACUUCAAAGUGGAAGGUGAAAGGAGGAAGCUUGAUUUGCCUGCACAGAACAAUCUCCUAACCAACUACUUCUGCAUUGCUUCUCUUGAAGCAAAGCAGAAAUUUAGGGCACCAAGAACUAGCCCUGUUCAUCCAAACACGGAGAUUGGAGUGUCAAGCCCUUGGGCAGACAGUAAGAAGGGAGCUGAUUCUCCUAAAUUUGAGAGCUUGCCAAUGUCCUCGCCUAAUCUUCUGGGUGUAUCUUCUGCUCCGGUGAGGAAAGACGGUUUUGCAGUGGAUGAUGAUAUUCUCUUGAAAGCUUCCUGGUGUUUGGACUCAAAAAGUCAAGGACGACUGGAAGAGGAAGAAAUUGCAAAUGAUACAGGACUACAACCUGUUGCGCCACAGCAUCCAAUAUGUAAACCCUGCAUGACAUCGAGUAAGGAGCGUGCUUUAGAUUUGAGCAAGAGCACGAUACAAGCUGAAAAAGGAAAAGUGAUAGUGAGGAGCUCCUAUUUUCUGAAGAAUAAGAAAAAGGAAGAUAAUCAGGAUGAUAAGAGUGAGAUAAAUGGGGCUGCCAAUGAUAAAUCUCAUAGAAGCAUUCAGGAGAAUGAUUGUGAUCCUAUGUCAGAUGCAAGGGAUGAAACAGUAGCAGCAGUUGUUGAAAAUGCCAUUGUGCGGAGUUCUUAUUUUCAGCAUAAGCCAUCAGCUGAAAAUGGUGAUACUGAACAGAAAGAGAAAGAGAACAAAAGAGUAAUAGUAAGGAGUUCUUAUUUUCAGCACAAGCGAUCAGCAGGAACAAAAGAGAAUGAAAAUUGUCAGGACAACUCACAUGUUGCUGCUGAGCUGCAACAUACCAGUCCCAAGGCUUCUCCAGGAAAUGACUGCUGUGAAGUGAGAUUAAAGAAAAGAAAGGUUACCUUCAUUGACACUGCUCAAACCGAAAGUGAAAGAGCUGAAUAUUUAGAGGCUGAAAUAUCUGCAGAUCAAGGCAACUUCAACUCCGACCUGGAUGAUUCCAACAGAGAUGCCAAAUUUGGUUCCAAUAUCUCUCAUUUAGGACGUUAUUCUCAAAUAGCGGAGAAAUCAAUAGAAAGUUUUGCUUCAGUCAUAUCAUCGUUUAGAUUCACCUCAAAUGGUUCUCGAGCCAGUGGGCUCCGAGCCCCUCUAAAAGAUAUUAAGAAUACCAGCACUAACAGGUCCGCUAGUAACAUGGAUCUAAGCAAGUUCGUAUACAAGCCAACAAAUCAGAAGCGAUCAUCAGCACGUCGUAAAGUUUAAAACUUGGAACUACACUGCCUGCAUUUGCAUACACUGAAUUCAGCAGCCCUCAGCUUGAUAACUAUAAAUUUAACUCAGCACCAGCUCCUGCUAAAUUUCCAUUUUUAUCGGGUCAGCUCUGAUUGGGUAAUAUUGUGGAGAAGCCAUUCUUUUGUUUUUUUGGCUGCCCGAAAUUUGAUUGUUCCUAUCACAUUCCUUGUAAUUUUACUGAGAAAUAUUGUAGAGAAGCUAUACUUUAAUUCAUUCUAUGAGGAUUCAUAUUUGAAUUGCAACAUAAUUUAAACAAUUGGUAUAUGUUUUUUUCAU